CAGUAGCAGCAGCUACGGGUCGGUGUUGUGUGUGCAGUGAAUGCAUGGUUUCCGAAGGCAUAGACUGAUUCGUAGCCGCAAAACGGGGAACGUUAGUUGUUGAAAGGGCUUUUUAAGGCUGCAUGUUUCACAGCUAAUCUCAGAAGAAGCACAAACAUGGGCGUUGAUGUCGAGACAAUAUCUCCGGGUGACGGAAGAACAUUUCCAAAGAAGGGCCAGACAUGUGUUGUCCAUUACAUAGGCAUGUUGCAGAAUGGUAAAAAGUUUGACUCCUCUCGAGACAGGAAUAAGCCCUUUAGGUUCAAGAUUGGAAGGAAUGAGGUGAUUAAGGGCUGGGAAGAAGGAGUAGCACAGAUGAGCCUGGGACAGAGAGCAAAAAUUACUUGCACACCAGACAUGGCUUACGGAGCGAUAGGCCACCCGGGGGUCAUCCCCCCAAAUGCCACACUUAUAUUUGACGUGGAAUUGCUGAAGCUGGAGUGAUGUGUGGUGUGAAAAUAAUAAAAUGUAAAGGUUUAUAGGUUUGCAUCUACCACCAGUUGUUUCUACAGGGUGCGGCUGCUUCUCAUUCACCUGCUCCUCUGUUUGUCUAUAGUCUUCUUUUAGUUGAAUACAUUAAACGUUUACUGCUGCUUCGUUGCCGCCAUGUCAUAAAUGGAUACUGAUAGAAAGACUUUAACACACACCAUUUUUGGUUUGUUUGUUAGAGGUGCUUUUUCUUUUAAUGUCAUAUGAAGUUGUAAAUUUUGUUGAGCCAAGAGAAAAUCAGCCAUCGGGUGAAAUAGCUGCACUGCACGGCACUGCACUGCACUGCUACCACUGCAUUCUGCCUUACAGUUUCAACAACACACUGAGGGCACAUGUGUGUACAAUACUCCUACUCUGUAUAUUAACUGGGCAUUAUAGACCACUCUCUGCAUUGCCACUUUGGUUAUGGUUUGCCCCGCUAAAUGCUCUAGAAAUGGUGUUGCUAUGUUUGGUGUAUUUUAUAUCCACCAUGGACGACGAUUACAAGUGUAUCCCAAUCCAAUCUAACCCAAAACUAUACUAUACUGUACAGGACACUGUAAGAGCCAUUGCUACUGCUUUGACAGUUGACCAACCCUUAAUAAAAAUGGCAUGUACUGUGUUGAGA